AUGUCCAGUGAAUACAGAUUGUACGAUGACACAGCCACAUCAUCAUCGUACUCAGCAUCAUCAUCGUACUCAGCAUCAUCAUCGUACUCAGCAUCAUCAUCGUACUCAGCAUCAUCAUCGUACUCAGCAUCAUCAUCGUACUCAGCAUCAUCAUCGUACUCAGCAUCAUCAUCGUACUCAGCAUCAUCAUCGUACUCAGCAUCAUCAUCGUACUCAGCAUCAUCAUCGUACUCAGCAUCAUCAUCGUACUCAGCAUCAUCAUCGUACUCAGCAUCAUCAUCGUACUCAGCAUCAUCAUCGUACUCAGCAUCAUCAUCGUACUCAGCAUCAUCAUCGUACUCAGCAUCAUCAUCGUACUCAGCAUCAUCAUCGUACUCAGCAUCAUCAUCGUACUCAGCAUCAUCAUCGUACUCAGCAUCAUCAUCGUACUCAGCAUCAUCAUCGUACUCAGCAUCAUCAUCGUACUCAGCAUCAUCAUCGUACUCAGCAUCAUCAUCGUACUCAGCAUCAUCAUCGUACUCAGCAUCAUCAUCGUACUCAGCAUCAUCAUCGUACUCAGCAUCAUCAUCGUACUCAGCAUCAUCAUCGUACUCAGCAUCAUCAUCGUACUCAGCAUCAUCAUCGUACUCAGCAUCAUCAUCGUACUCAGCAUCAUCAUCGUACUCAGCAUCAUCAUCGUACUCAGCAUCAUCAUCGUACUCAGCAUCAUCAUCGUACUCAGCAUCAUCAUCGUACUCAGCAUCAUCAUCGUACUCAGCAUCAUCAUCGUACUCAGCAUCAUCAUCGUACUCAGCAUCAUCAUCGUACUCAGCAUCAUCAUCGUACUCAGCAUCAUCAUCGUACUCAGCAUCAUCAUCGUACUCAGCAUCAUCAUCGUACUCAGCAUCAUCAGCAUCAUCAUCGUACUCAGCAUCAUCAGCAUCAUCAUCGUACUCAGCAUCAUCAUCGUACUCAGCAUCAUCAGCAUCAUCAUCGUACUCAGCAUCAUCAUCGUACUCAGCAUCAUCAUCGUACUCAGCAUCAUCAUCGUACUCAGCAUCAUCAUCGUACUCAGCAUCAUCAUCGUACUCAGCAUCAUCAUCGUACUCAGCAUCAUCAUCGUACUCAGCAUCAUCAUCGUACUCAGCAUCAUCAUCGUACUCAGCAUCAUCAGCAUCAUCAUCGUACUCAGCAUCAUCAGCAUCAUCAUCGUACUCAGCAUCAUCAGCAUCAUCAUCGUACUCAGCAUCAUCAGCAUCAUCAUCGUACUCAGCAUCAUCAUCGUACUCAGCAUCAUCAGCAUCAUCAUCGUACUCAGCAUCAUCAUCGUACUCAGCAUCAUCAUCGUACUCAGCAUCAUCAUCGUACUCAGCAUCAUCAUCGUACUCAGCAUCAUCAUCAUCAUCAUCGUACUCAGCAUCAUCAUCAUCAUCAUCGUACUCAGCAUCAUCAUCAUCAUCAUCGUACUCAGCAUCAUCAUCAUCAUCAUCGUACUCAGCAUCAUCAUCAUCAUCAUCGUACUCAGCAUCAUCAUCAUCAUCAUCGUACUCAGCAUCAUCAUCAUCAUCAUCGUACUCAGCAUCAUCAUCAUCAUCAUCGUACUCAGCAUCAUCAUCAUCAUCAUCGUACUCAGCAUCAUCAUCAUCAUCAUCGUACUCAGCAUCAUCAUCAUCAUCAUCGUACUCAUGGGCGUCCCGGCUUCCGGCGCCGGUGACGUCACGCGCGAGGCCGUACGAGCGCGGCAGGCCCGGGGCUUCGCCGCUACUCUACUGCCGGCGACUCGCGGGACACGACACAGUCGGCCGCAAGACGCCAGCAGCGCCGCGCCGCGGGCCGCAGCCGCACCUGGUGCCGUUCAUUCCCUCAGUAUUAGCACGCUAA